GGCGGAGCGCCGUGUCUGUCCCUCCGCGCCUUGGGCCAGCGCUCGAGCCUGUCGGGACCCGUGCCCGGGUGGAUCAAUAACACGGAGAGUGGGGGUCGACCAUGGGGCUUUGCAAGUGCCCCAAGAGGAAGGUGACCAACUUGUUCUGCUUCGAACACCGGGUCAACGUCUGCGAGCACUGCCUGGUAGCCAAUCACACCAAGUGCAUCGUACAGUCUUACCUGCAGUGGCUCCAAGAUAGCGACUACAACCCCAAUUGCCGACUGUGCAACAUACCCCUGGCCACUCGGGAGACCACCCGCCUUGUCUGCUAUGAUCUCUUCCACUGGGCCUGUCUCAAUGAACGUGCUGCCCAGCUGCCCCAAAACACAGCGCCUGCUGGCUACCAGUGCCCGAGCUGCAGUGGCCCCAUCUUCCCGCCAGCCAACCUGGCUGGCCCCGUGGCUUCUGCACUGAGAGAGAAGCUGGCCACAGUCAACUGGGCCCGGGCAGGACUGGGCCUUCCUCUGAUUGAUGAGGUGGCGAGCCCGGAGCCCGAGCCCCUCAACACCUCCGACUUCUCUGACUGGUCCAGCUUUAAUGCCGAUGGUACCCCUGAACAAGAAGAGAUAGCCAGCACUUCUGCUGCCCCAGCCUUCUAUAACCAAGUCCCCCGGCCCCCCGCUUCCCCAAGCCGUCCCGAGCAGCACACGGUGAUCCACAUGGGCAGUUCUGAGCCCUUGACUCACGCCUCGGCCCCGAGGAAGGUGUAUGACACACGCGAUGAUGACCGUGCACCAGGCCUCCACGGGGAUUACGAUGAUGACAAGUACCGUCGCCGGCCUGCCCUGGGCUGGCUGGCCCAGCUGCUCAGGAGCCGGGCCGGGUCUCGUAAGCGGCCUCUGACCCUGCUCCAGCGGGCGGGGCUGCUGCUGCUGCUGGGGCUGCUGGGCUUCUUGGCCCUCCUUGUCCUCAUGUCUCGCCUGGGCCGGGCUGCAGCUGACAGUGAUCCCAACCUGGACCCACUCAUGAACCCUCACAUCCGUGUGGGUCCCUCCUGAGCCCUUGCUGGUGUCUGGGCAAGCCUAGGAACUGGGGGCCUGAGGAGGUGGGGAGGGGAGGUCUGGGGGCCCUUUUCUGCCCCUUUCCCUCAGGCCUGAGACACUAAGAUCCCAAGCCCAAAGCCAAAUCUACCAGAAUGGUUGCAGGCUGGGCCUGGGGUCCCUGCAGAUCAAG